CUCUUGUAGUGAGAUUUCUGACCAAACGGUUCAUCUGGGAAUAUGAUCCCACCCUCGAAUCAACCUACCGACACCAAGCAACCAUCGAUGACGAAGUUGUUUCCAUGGAGAUCCUUGAUACUGCUGGUCAGGAAGACACCAUUCAAAGAGAAGGGCACAUGCGAUGGGGGGAAGGCUUUGUGCUGGUCUAUGACAUUACUGACCGAGGUAGUUUUGAGGAAGUGCUACCACUGAAGAACAUCCUAGAUGAGAUCAAAAAGCCCAAGAAUGUGACUUUAAUCUUGGUUGGAAACAAAGCUGAUUUGGACCACUCCAGACAAGUGAGUACAGAAGAAGGGGAGAAGCUGGCCACAGAAUUAGCAUGUGCUUUUUAUGAGUGCUCUGCCUGCACUGGAGAAGGGAACAUCACAGAGAUCUUCUAUGAGUUAUGUCGAGAGGUGCGWCGCCGGAGGAUGGUGCAGGGCAAGACGAGGAGACGCAGCUCCACCACACAUGUCAAGCAGGCCAUCAACAAGAUGCUCACCAAAAUCAGUAGUUAGGCUUCUCUAGUCUUUCAGAGGCACUGCAGAGGUGGGUUGGGUCAUUGGAAACUGUGCCCUUCUUUUUUCCUUCCAAAAAUGAAAUGAAAUACCCCACUCCUUGUUUUGACUAUGGGAAUUGUCUGGGCUUCUCAUUAUUCCCCACCUUCCAUAAGUUUGGGGUUUUAGAGUGUCUUGUGCAGUUUCAAUGCUGACARUUAUUCCCUUUCCUGCUUGCAUAGGAUCCACUCCGCUACAGCUUGAAGAUGUAGCUACCAGAAAUUGAGAAAUGGCUGGGCUCAUAUUCAGCUAUUUUCAGGCAUCUCCACAUUGCUUAAACAAGUUGGUCUUUUCAGAGGCAUUUUAAAUUAAAUUUUAAAUUCCAUUUCUUGUCAAAGACUACCAAUGAUCAUCAUAAAUGUCUGAGAUAGCACAAAAUAAAGUAAAAACACCAGAAGGACAGCUGAGCUGUUGGAGCUAAGACUAGAACUCCAGUUCCUCUUUGAAGUGAGGAUUUUCUGAAUUAUCUUAAAUCACUGAGUUUUUCUUUAACCCUGCAAUUUGUUCUUACCUUGAAACAUGAACACAUGAAGGUUUUUCACUGUCAUAGAGUUCAUUUCAAUUUGAGUUGAUUCUCUCAAUGACAUAUUAACCAUUAUGCCCUGAUUCUUCUUGCUUGGCUUAUACACCUCUGUAAUAACAGAGGCAGCAAGACCCACUAUUCAAAUCUUGAUAAAGCUUUCUCCUCAAACCCAAGGUGAUGUAAAACAUUAGCAAUCUUUUCACCAAAUUCUAAUUUCAUUGCAUGCAUGUAGGAGUUAGACUUAGAGAUGCCUGAUUGUUUCUCACUCUGUUUAUCACCUUAGCAGAAAGACAAUAAUCCAAACAACAGGGUAAUUARGAAUGGAGCUUAAACACCCCUCUGUAGAGAAGCCAAGGCUCUGUGCCAGUCACAUCAGAAAAAGAAGCCUCUGCUUCAUUAAGAUGACCACRUGAUUUCUUUAACAUUUUAGGUAAAUUAAUUCACUUAGAAGAAUUCAGAAAAGAACAGAUGAUUUGAGUUCAUUAUAUCUGAAUAAAUGUGCAUAAAACAGAUUCUUAUAUUAUAAAAGUACAGCCUAUAACUAACAAGGCUUUAUAACUCUCUUCUUCCUCUUAUGCCCCCAUAUAUCAACAUUUGGGCACUUUAUUUUAGAAGAAAAUAUAUAUCUUUUACAUAUGU